CUUCGGUCCUCGGGGCUGCCGGCUUUUUGCGCUUCUUCCCUCUCGCCGACCUUCCUGCCUUCGCCGACCCUCAUGCAGCUCGCCCGGGCGCUCGACAGCGGGGGAGUCGCCGCCACCAUGUCGCCCGCCGGCCCGGGCGCCAUCCAGAUCAGCAGGAUCAUGCGCCCAGAUGAUGCCAACAUUGCUGGGAAUGUCCAUGGGGGAACCAUCUUAAAAAUGAUCGAGGAAGCUGGUGCCAUCAUUAGCACUCGCCACUGCAACUCUCAGUCCGGGGAACGCUGUGUAGCCGCCCUAGCCCGUGUGGAGCGCACCGAUUUCCUCUCCCCAAUGUGUAUCGGGGAGGUGGCUCACGUCAGCGCUGAGAUCACCUACACUUCCAAGCACUCCGUAGAAGUUCAAGUGAACGUGGUAUCUGAAAACAUCCUCACAGGUGUAAAGAAGGUGACGAAUAAAGCUACUCUGUGGUACGUGCCUCUUGCUCUUCAGAACGUGCACAAAGUUUUGGAAGUCCCUCCAAUUCAGUAUGCAGAGAAGGAGCAGGAGGAGGAAGGAAGGAGACGCUACGAGGAGCAGAAGCUGGAACGCUUGGAAACCAAGGAGAGAAACGGGGAUGUCAUUCUGCCAAUUAUCAAUCCAGAGCCGUACACGGUUGGCUACAGUCAGUCCAGUUUGAUUCACCUAGUGGGGCCAUCUGACUGCACCAUGCACGGAUUUGUCCACGGAGGAGUGACCAUGAAGCUGAUGGACGAGGUUGCUGGAAUUGUCGCCGCUCGCCACUGCAAAACCAACAUAGUCACAGCAUCAGUGGAUGCCAUUAAUUUCCACGAGAAGAUUAAGAAAGGCAGCGUGAUCACGAUUUCGGGGCGCAUGACUUUCACAAGCAAUAAGUCCAUGGAGAUCGAGGUUUUUGUGGACGCCGACCCUUUUGUGGACGAGUCUCAGGAACGAUACCGUGCUGUCAGCGCAUUCUUCACCUACGUGUCCCUGAGCAAGGAAGGGAAGCCACUCCCGGUCCCACAACUGGUGGUUGAAGCAGAAGAUGAGCGGAGGCGUUUUGAAGAGGGGAAGGGCCGCUACCUCCAAACCAAAGCCAAGCGCCAGGCAAAGAUGCAGCCACUGACUCAGCAGUGACAUUGCAACAGCAUUCACUUCCAGGAGACAGUCAGCCGUCUGCAUUUACAUUAGAAAUCCUCAUUUCAGCCAGAUCAAAUGCAGAUUUGACUGGGGAAGAAGGGGGGGUCCUUGGAACACCGCCCCCCUUGUCCCUCAGCUCUCUGGAAAAGGCUCAUCUGUCAUCAAGAAUUGUAGUUUGUCCAGUCGGGACUCCAGGAAAAUCCCCAGGAAGUCUUGGAUGUAGAUAGGAAGGUCUCCUGGGCUGUGGGAGGGGAGAUUGGGGAGGGGGGGUAUCACGGCCUGCAGUUUCGAAGGCUAGCUGCAUGAAUGAGGGCUGGUGCUCAUUACCAGUUUUGAAAAGAAAUUGCCUUGAAAAUCUCAACACACAUACAUAUGAAUCAAACGUUUGGAUGUUUAACUGCAGGAGCAUGGUGGUUAUGGUGUUGAGUCUCUCUAAAUUUGUCCCUCUUCCCCCCCCCCCCCCAAGUACCAGAGCCUGCUGCAAGGAACAGAGGAGCUGUUAGUGGAGCCCUGGCAUCUUUGUAAUGACGUGUUUCAUUCCCACUUCUGUGAAUACAAGAAGCUGCUUCUUCAUAGUUGCAAGCUUUAAACGCUGCUCAGUAUAUCAGGUUGUCUCUCUUCAUUCCA